ACCUUCAACGAAAGUAUAGGCGCGCCUUAUGUCCCAAAAAACGUGAUGGAUUGUAUGACUUGUCAUCGCAUUAAUUUUUAUGAAUACCAACCGUCACCGUUUCUAUGUUUAGCUCGCAGUAAAUGUGGUUUAAUUGCUGCUGGAAGGUCAAAUGGUUCGGUGGAUGUGUAUGAUGAAAACCGAGACUUUUUCAUUGUUGCACAUUUUCCACGCCGAUUAUGUUGUUCAGUUGAGUCUGUAGUUUGGAUGCAAUCAAGAUUAUUUUGCACAGGUGCACUGGGCCGUCUCGUAGAGCUUGAUAUACAGGCUUCCAGCAUCAAGGGGUCUUGUUUGUUAGUAGGAAGUCCAGUCGCUCGAUGUAUGACGGUCUUCGAAGAUAACAUAGUUGUGGGCAAUGACGAAGGGUUUAUCACGUUUUUUUCAACCGACAAAACAGAUCCAGCUCCUAAACUUACGAUUCCUAAGCUCUCUGGUACAUACAUUAUACUUAAUUAUUGGUUAAGGGAAAAUUUUGUCUGUAGCUUGUACUCAUCAAGACAAAGGUAUUUUGGCAACAGGCACUAGCACUGGCUCUCUUCUCCUGAUAUCUAUUCGUGAUGGUGUAUCUAAAGUAAUGUUUACGCUAACAGAAUCGAACAAAGCCUGUCUUAUCUGGGCUCUAUUAUUCGCUGGUGGAUUUUUAUUUUCUGGAGAUAGUAGAGGCGUGGUGUGUAUUUGGGAUAUAUCUGUCGGCGGCCAGUUAUAUAGUUUCUCUUGUCAUCAUGCUGAUGUCCUUGCUUUGGCUUCCAAUCUCGAUGGUUCCAUCAUUUUUAGUGGUGGGGCAGAUGCUAUUGUACGGAGAUUCGAAUUCUCUUUAUCUGAAACUGGAGAUGGUCAGUGGCAAUGUAGUGGUAUAAUUAGGGGUUCUAGACGUGAUAUUCAUGGGCUAGCCUUCAUCCCAGGUCAUCAUCAUGAUCCUAGCGCAGAAUCUUCAUUUUCAGAUGUCCGUUUCGAACCUCAUCGUCUUCUUGCUGUGGGACAAGAUGCAUGUCUACAAGUAAUGCCAUGUGAAUCAAUCGAAACGGGUGUUGGAGUCCUUGCUUUGGCUGAAAAGACUUUGGCUGUCAACGUUGGAAGACCUCAAGAUGAGCAGAAAGCAGAUAAUGGAUAUGUCGCUGCUCUCCCAUUUUGGCCUGCUUCUGUUGCACCUUCGCGUCCAUCACCAGGAUGCUUUGUAACUUUGCCUAUAGGAUUAGUACAUGGUACUUUUGGUGGUCAGGCUGGUGUAUCUCGUCAUUUAUGUCUUCUGCACUACCCAGACAAACUUUGUUUAGUACGUCUUGGUCAACCACUCACAUCUGGUCGUAAGAAAGUUUUUGAAAAGUUUUAUUCUAUGAAUCUUGGGCCACUUCAAGUAGUAGAAAUUCAUCCAUCUAAGGGUAUGGAAUUUAUUAAAUCUAGUUUAUCUCCUUGUGGAUCUUUGAUUGUCUACAGCGACUUCAAACGAACUCGACUGCUGAAAUUAGAUGUGGCAUUUAAGAAUAAAGGAAGAAGUUUCUGUUUGUCAAAAGCAAAAGUGAAACCAGUUGAAUGGGGUAGUAGUUCGCAUGAUUCAAUUUGUAGUUCUACAAAAUCUCGUAAUAAGCGAAUACGUUUGGAUAGUUGGAGCAAAUCGUCUUCAAAUACAUCAUCUUCAGAGACAGAAACAGACACAGAAGAAAUGCUACAAGACUCGGAUAUCCUGCAAUAUUUCACCAUGGAUAAAUCAUUCCAGUCAUCGGGUGGGCAGGGUCAACGUAGGUUGUCUACUGAGGAUUUGUGUGAUUUGCCUGGCUCAGAGCAGAAGAAAUUAAAUGCGACAACUAUUCCACCUUCGUGUUUGAUGGCUUUUACUCCCAAAUCAGAACACCUGUUAUUGGUAACCCAAAAGCGUGGAAAAUUUAUUUGUAUAUCUGUAGAGAAUGGCAGUAUUUUGUGGGAUCGAAACAUCGGCGAAGAUGAUGAGUUACAUGUUCGAGCCCACAUAAUGUCUGUUUCAAAUAUUCUUACCGAUUGUGGUUACUUAAUUGGACUUGGCUGUUCUGAUGCACGUGUACGCUUAUAUGAUUCGCCAACUGGUUCUAUCCUGUUCACGUGUUCCUGUAUUGAUUCAGUCAGUGGUCAUUCACCUUUACCGGUAUCAAUCGCAUUCCCAAGUAUUAUCAGCGAACAAUCUGCCGAAUCACCAAUAACUACAUUACCCAAACAUCGUUUCUCAGUAUUGUACACAAAUGGUCAAUUAAGAGAGUGGAAGAUAACUAUAAAACAGUCAAAUAAUGUAAAUAAUUCUGAUGAGUCGGAACAUACUACAAGUCCUCCAGUCCCAACAAAAAGUAUAAUUGGUGUUGGACUAAACAAAUGGCUCGUUAAAUUUUGGCGUACUAUGGGUGAGGAAAUUUCACGGAGUCUAGGAGUAUUUCAUAGUGUAGAUUAUAUUGAACCCAAUAAAUGGCUGUUAGCUUCAAAUCGAUUUUUAGUUGUUUUGGUUUCUCAUAAGAAUUAUGAACUUGGGAUGAUCAAGAAGAUCCUUACUUACAAGAGGACUGCUGAUGACGACUACUGUUUGUAUAUUUGCGAAAAUGUCAAAAACAUAAUUCAAACAAAAGUUCUAUCAGAAUCAGAAAUCGCAGUUGUUUCGAUCGAUUCUAGAAAUAUAACUUCUCAACUGGCUCCACCAUUACAGAGGAAAUUGUACGGGACAUGAUAUGUAUUUCCUUGUAUAUAUUUUCAAUAUAAUUUUUCAUAUAAAAG